GAUAUCUGUUUAUGUUAAACUUGCAGGAGAAGGGGAAGAUUUGUGGGCAGGAAGUAAAGGAAAGGACUUUGGAUAUUUUCCCAGAGAUGCAGUCCAGAUUGAAGAGGUGUUCAUAUCUGAUGAAGUUCAGAUAUCAACUAAAGAAUCUGAUUUUCUUUGUCUUCUUGGAGUAAGUUACACAUUUGAAAAUGAAGACAGUGAAUUAAACAGUGAUGAUGGCAAAAAUAUAUGUCUAUAUGAAGAAGAUAAAGACCAAAAAUCUAGUGUAUAUGAAAGUGAUUUUCAGACAGAAUCUGGAUUUUAUUCAACUUCUGAAAGUACUUUGUUUGAAGAUCAGUUUCCAGUAUCGGAAGCUCCUGAAGAUAUCAGAAGUACUAGUGAAUCAAAAGAGUGGGAAGGAGUGGAAGCUGGAAGUAUGGAAGAGGAUUAUGUUCCAGAAGUGGAUCACAUCCCACCAUCCUCGCCUGAAGUGAAAGGAUGGUUUGGAUUUGGAAGGGAACUAGCUGAAGGAAAGGCUUUUGAAUCAGUUAUUGAACCUCUACAAGAAAGUUCAUUUCAAAGUAGAAAAAUGGCAGGAGAAGAUGAGAAUGACCUACAGGAAUUAAAUAAUGAUGAACCCCAAACAGAACAAAAGCAAGAACCUGAAUUGGAAUUCAAUUCCGUGCCAAAGAAACAGUCUGAACUAGGUUCUGAGUCAGAGACGAUUAUCAGUCCUGAAGCCACUAGUUGGUUUGGGGGUGGUUUUAAAAGUUAUUUAGGUUUUGGAGGUGAGCAUACAGGGCUUGAAUUAUUGUCCAAAGAAAGCAAUCCACCACUACAAGAUGUUUCUAAUUCCUUAUCAUCUGAGGAAGAACCCACAGUUCCAUGCACAGAAAUAUUAACAGAAAAAGAAGACACAAUCGCCAAUGAUACCUCAAUUCUCAAGCCAAGUUGGUUUGAUUUUGGUUUUGGUAUGCUAGGCUUUGUAUAUACCAAUGAAGAUAAAAUUAUAUCAGAUGAUGGAAAAAGGGAAGAAGGAGGUGGAGGAGAUAAACAUGAACAUCUUCCAACAAGUAAAUUUGACCCUGAUAAGGAACAAGAAAUAAAAACGAUAGAAAUUAUGGAAACUGAAGAGCAAGUAGGAAAGGAAAGAGUCCUAGAGAAAACAGAUGAUUCUGAUACCUUACUAUAUUUUAAAAAGUUUUUAUAUAAUUGGAACUUCCAGGACAUUCCAAAGGAAACAGAAUUGCAAUUUUCCAAACAGAUACAGGAUGAAAAUAAUGUAAUUGAAAAUGAUGAAACAGAAGAAUUUUCAGCUGAAAAUUAUCACACAGAUAAUAUGGAAGUUAUGAUGCUGAAAAGCAGAUCCAGUCCGUCAGAUAUGGCUUCUAAAAUAGAGUCACCCAGGAGAAUUCAUAAAGAAGUACACUUCAAAACUCCAUCUUCUAAAAAUAAUGAUGAAAAAUCAAAAACAUCACUAGGUACUGAAGGAUCUACUCAGGCGGAAAUAGACAGAUCUGUGGAAAAUACCCUGCCAAAUAGUCAAACAGUUUCAACUGAUUACUUUUUGUCUUCUCAAGAAGAAGAUGCUUCUGAGUAUCAGAUUCUGAAAUAUUUAUUUCAAAUUGACAUUUGUGAUUUCAUGAAUUCUGCAUGUUCAUCAAUUAUAGUUCUUACAGAAAGGGUUGUGGCAGCAUUGCCUGAAGAUAUGAGAGGUCCUAAUCCCUAUGGUUUCCCAUGGGAAUUGGCGAUAUGUGCAGGUGUUGUUGGAUUUUUUGUUGUUCUCUUGUUUUUGUGGAGAAGUUUUCAAUCGGUUAGAAGCCGGCUUUAUGUGGGGAGAGAGAACAAGCUUGCUGUAGAACUUUCUACACUAAUUGAUGAAAAAUGUAAACUACUUGAAAAAUUUAGCCUUGUUCAAAAAGAGUGUGAAGGCUUAGAAUCAUCUUUAAAGGAUGCCAGUUUUGAGAAGUCAACAGAAGCACAAAGUUUGGAGGCAGUCUAUGAAAAUCUGAACAAGUCUAAAUCUGAACUGGAGGAUGAAAUACUUUUUCUGGAAAACCAAUUAAAAGAAGAGAAAUCUAAACAUUCCGAACAAGAUGAAUUGAUGGUGGAUAUUUCAAAAAGGAUACAGUCCCUAGAAGAUGAAUCAAAAUCUCUUAAAUCACAAGUGGCUGAAGCCAAAACAACCUUUAAAAUAUUUCAAAUGAAUGAAGAGCGACUUAAGAUAGCUAUAAAAGAUGCUUUGAGUGAAAAUUCCCAACUUCAGGAAAGCCAGAAACAGCUUUUACAAGAUGCUGAAGAAUGGAAAGAACAAGUGAGUCAACUUAAUAAACAGAAAAUAACAUUUGAAGACUCCAAAGUGUGUGCAGAACAAGUUCUGUGUGAUAAAGAAAAUCAUAUCAAGUCUCUUACUGAACGCUUGAUAAAGAUGAAAGAUUGGGCUGCUGUGCUGGGAGAAGACAUAACAAACGAUGAUAACUUGGAGUUGGAAAUGAGUGAAUCAGAAAAUGAUAAUCAACCAAAAGGAGCUUUGAAGAAGCUGAUUCAUGCUGCUAAGUUAAAUGCUUCUUUAAAAACCCUGGAAGGAGAAAGAAACCAAAUUUACAUUCAAUUAUCUGAAGUAGAUAAGACAAAAGAAGAGCUUACAGAGUGUAUUAAAAAUCUCCAGACUGAACAAGCAUCUUUGCAGUCAGAAAAUAUACAAUUUGAAAGUGAGAAUCAAAAGCUUCAGCAGAAACUUAAAGUAAUGACCGAAUUGUAUCAAGAAAAUGAAAUGACACUUCACAGGAAAUUAACAGUAGAGGAAAAUUACCGAUUAGAGAAAGAGGAGAAACUUUCCAAAGCAGAUGAAAAGAUCAGUCAUGCAGCUGAAGAGCUGGAGACCUACAGAAAGCGAGCCAAAGAUCUUGAAGAAGAAUUGGCGAGAACCAUUCAUUCUUAUCAAGGGCAGAUUAUUUCCCAUGAGAGAAAAGCACAUGAUAAUUGGUUGGCAGCUCGGACUGCUGAAAGAAAUCUUAAUGAUUUGAGGAAAGAAAAUGCUCACAAUAGACAAAAAUUAACUGAAACAGAGUUUAAAUUUGAACUUUUAGAAAAAGAUCCUUAUGCACUUGAUGUUCCAAAUACAGCAUUUGGCAGAGGCUCAAGAGGCCCAGGGAAUCCUCUGGACCAUCAGAAUACCAAUGAAAGAGGAGAAUCAAGCUGUGAUAGGUUAGCUGAUGCUCACAGAGCACUUUCUGACACUGGGUCCCUUUCACCUCCAUGGGAACAGGAUCGUAGGAUGAUGAUCCCUCCAUCAGGCCAAGCAUAUCCUGAUCCAGCUUUUCCUCCACAAAGGCAAGACCGAUUUUAUUCUAAUUCUGGCAGACUAUCUGGGCCAGCAGAACUCAGAAAUUUUAAUAUGCCGUCUUUGGAUAAAGUGGAUGGUCCAAUGUCUUCAGAAAUGGAAUCCAGUAGAAAUGAUAAAAAAGACGACCUUGGUAAUUUAAAUGUGCCUGAUUCAUCUUUCCCCGCCGAAAGUGAAGCAACGGGCCCUGGCUUCAUUCCUCCACCUCUUAUUCCAAUCAGGGCUCCAUUGUUUCCAAUGGAUACAAGGGGCCCAUUCAUGAGAAGAGGUCCUCCUUUUCCUCCACCUCCUCCAGGAAGCAUGUAUGGAGCUCCCCGAGAUUAUUUUCCACCAAGGGAUUUCCCUGGCCCACCACAUCCUCCAUUUGCAAUGAGAAAUGUCUAUGCACCGAGAGGUUUUCCUCAUUACUUCCCCCCAAGAGCUGGAUUUUUUCCCCCACCCCCACAUCCUGAGGGUAGAAGUGAGUUCCCAUCAGGGUUGAUUCCACCUUCAAAUGAGCCUACUACUGAGCAUCCAGAACCACAACAAGAAACUUGAUAAUAUUUUUGAUCUCUCUUCAAAAAUAAUUUUGACUUCUGUCUCAUUUUCAGUUUAAGUAACUGCUGUUACUUAAGUAAUUACACUUUUGCUCAAAUUGAAGCUUAAUGGAAUUAUAAUUCUCAGGAUAGUAUUUUGUAAAUAAAGAUGAUUUAAAUAUGAAACUUAUGAGUAAAUUAUUUCCAUUUUAUUUUAUUCUAGAUAGUAUAAUUAUUUUAAUUUGAUUAACAAAUCCACUAUCACGUAAACAAUAAUGGGAGUUUUAUAUGUAAUCUUGCAGUUGGGGAUGUUUUAAACUCCAAAGGCUGUGUCUUUUUGCCCAGAACUGUAUUUACUAUGGUUGUAGACAAAUGUGAAAGUUACUUUAUGCUUAAUUAAAUAAAUUUUAACUGACUUUAAA